AUGUCAUUAGUUCAGUCGAAUCCCAACACACCAAGAAAGCAUCAUCAUGAUUGUAGCGUACGAGGGGCAACAGGAAGAGGUGUAUUGAGUGCGACAUCACCCCAUCGAAUCAAUGCAUUCAAUACAGCAACAUCACCAUUCCAUUCGGUCAAACUUAAAUCAGUUCCUUCACCAUUAAAGCCAAAGUCAAUACCACUGCACCAACCACAAUCACAUUUGGCGACUAGCCCAAUCAGAAAAGGCACAAAUUUGGUACCUAUUACAUCAUCACCACUCAAACACACCCUCCCCCCAAACACCAAAACCCCUCCACUGAAACAAAUCAAACCACACACUUCCACCGCUGAGCACAUUGUACCAAAUUUCCAACAACAAAGAGCUACGCUAUUGAGCCAGUACAGUGCCAAACAAGCACAAAUCAAACACUAUCAACAAAAGCUAAGUCAUAAACAAUUACAAUUACUAGAAAUAGAAUCCCAAUUGCAAGAACUCAAUAGAACCCAACUUCUUCAAUCGUCACAGCAAAACAGUUCCCAACUUGAUAUAUAUAAACAGGCAUCAUUUGAAACUGAACAACAAUUGGCCAAUCACCAACUUAGAGUUGUUGAUUUAGAUCAAACACCAAGUCUGUUAAAAAAUCCCACUCCUUUGAAACAUACGUUGCUUAAACAGACUUCUUAUAUAACUUCUGCUAUCGAUGAAUGUUGUACUACAAUGGGGAAGAAAGCGUCAAUGAUAUUCAAUAACAUUAACAGUGAUGGUGAUGAGAGGAAUAUCUUUGUUAAGUCCCAGUUCAAGUCUGAUAAAUUUGAUUCAUUGACUAGACAAACAAGUCAAUUUUUUGAUAAUUUGUUAUCAGCAAGGGAAAAGAAGAUGUGCUCAACCGAUGAUGAAGAGGAGCGAAAUGCACAUGAUUCGUUUGAUAUCGAUAGUCUUGGAGUAGAUUUGGUUCACGAGCAAGUUGACAUCGACGAUUACGAUUCAUCUUUUGACUAA